AGGAUCUAUACUGAUUUAUACUUAGUAGUAUUUAUUUUUGACCCCCAGCUGAAUAAUUGUAUGUUGCUCAUUCAUUUCCGGACUAAAUUUCGAAGACGCCCUCUGAUCGACAGUGCUAAACAAAAAUGAUUCGAUUUAUCUUAAUUCAGAAUCGUGCUGGCAAGACUAGGCUUGCUAAGUGGUACAUGGCAUUUGAUGAUGAAGAGAAACAGAAGUUGAUUGAAGAAGUACAUGCUUUGGUUACAGUUCGAGAUGCUAAACACACAAACUUUGUAGAAUACCGCAACUUCAAGAUUGUGUACAGAAGAUAUGCUGGUCUUUACUUCUGUAUCUGUGUAGAUGUAGGAGAUAACAAUUUGGCAUACUUAGAAGCAAUACAUAACUUUGUGGAGGUCUUGAAUGAGUAUUUCCACAAUGUUUGUGAGCUGGAUUUAGUCUUCAAUUUCUACAAGGUAUACUCAGUUGUGGAUGAGAUGUUCUUAGCUGGAGAGAUCAGAGAAACGAGUCAGACUAAGGUCCUUAAACAAUUAAUGGCACUUGGGCAGUUAGAGUAGUAAACACAAUUUUUCCAGAAUAUUAGAUUUUAGUUUUCCAUUGUGAAAUGCUUCAAAAUGUCUCCUUUACCACUCCCACUAACCAGGUAAGCUAUUCCUGAUCAACCAUGUAAUGUUGAAUAGUGCAUAAUGAAAUUUGAGAAUAACAGUGAGCUCUCUUAAUUCUUUCACAAUUGAAAUUUUACCAAGGACUUUCAAUUUUCCAAAGUGGUUUCCAUAAUAAAUUGUGACGUCUGUCCAAGUCAAUGUUAUUUUUUUUCCCUGGACUUGUCACAUUGCUAUUGUUAUCAAUCGCUUUGUUGGUAGUUGAGAAUGCUUAAAACACAACUUUAGACUUAACUUUGAUUUUUUUUAAAUUUAGCUCACAUGGUUGGUGGUGUAGGGAGACAUUUUGAAAGUAGUUUGUAUUAUCCUUAAUAUGUAUAAAUUUAUAUCUGAUAUGAAACUUGUAUAGUAAGUGUAUUACUAAAUAUUGGUAUAAAUCCAUGUGUACAUAUAUUCUAUGUGAUCCAUUGUGUUUAUGUCCUGUUCAGCAAUGGACCAACUAUACCAGCCAUAUUUGUUGUUGAUGGCAGCAAAGUAACCUCUCUUAUGUGAAAUCAGUUACAUGUUAACAACUCCAAAUACAUUAAUGAGGUUACAAUGUGUUUUGUAACAUUGCAAUUUUCAGACACCGCUUUCUCCCUAUAUUUUUUAAGAUGGGGUUCCAUUGUCGGUUUCUAUCAGCAAAACUCUGUUUUCUAACAUUGAUAAAAAUGAGUACCGGUAUAUUGUAAG